AUGGCCGCAAAUACAGAUGAACGGGAUCAAAUACGGGAUAAAAUUGCACAGCAACUUUCCCCCACUCCCUUCGCAUGCUCCUCGCUCACGCGCCUGUCUGGAGGCACGGCCAACUUUGUCUAUCGAGGCACACUUUCCUCAACUGGCCAAUCUGUCGUCAUCAAGCACACCAAGGAUCACUCGGCCUCUAACCCGGAUUUUAAAAUCGAUGUCACAAGAUGUCACUUCGAGGAAGCCAUUCUUCAAGCUCUCGAUGGCCUGGCAAUGUAUACAAAUGGCAAAAUAACCGUCAGAACACCGCGCUUAUUAGACUUCAAUCGGGAAACAAAUACCCAGGUGUUUGAAGAUCUUCCAAAUUCAAUUGAUCUGAAGAACUUCCUGCUCUCAAAGGUUUCUCAUGACUUGUCCGAAUCCUCAGGGCGAGCCUUGGGCAGUGCCCUUGGAUCCUGGCUGAGAUUGUUUCACCAUUGGACGGCUGAAGAACAACAAAUAGAAUCUACAAAAAUUCUUGGCGAGAACAAAGUCAUGAAAGAUUUGAAAUUCUGGGUGAACUAUACUAUGCUGCUGGACACCAUUGAAAAUUUCCCCGAUAUUCUAGAGGGAAAUCGUGACAUUUUCGAGAAGAUUCGUGACCUCGCUGCAGCAGAGCUUGAGCAACGGAGCCACGAUAAUGGAUAUGGAGUUAUUCACGGUGACUUUUGGACUGGAAAUGUUCUUCUUCCAAACGUCCCUCUCACUGAUCAAUCUCCGACAAUUAUGUUCAUUGUCGAUUGGGAAAUGUCGCAGAUUGGAAGCCGCGCGUUAGACUUGGGUCAAAUGAUUGCUGAGCUGUAUGAAACAAAGCUGUUCAAAAAUGUGGACGGUGGAGUGUGGAUUAUUCAAGGGUUCUUGGAGGGAUAUGGGGCCCUUGACAAUGAAAUGGCAUUCCGAACUGCGAUCCACGUUGGUGUGCACCUGGUUUGCUGGGGAAGUAGAGUCCCUGGAUGGGGCACUCAAAAGCAAAUUGAGGAGGUGGUGAAGUUGGGAAGAGAUUUGAUCGUCUACGGCUGGAGAAAGGAUAAGGCCUGGUUCGCGAAAGGCACUCUUAGUUGCCUGUUUAAGGGUUAA